AUGCCUUUCAAUAAUACUAUAUUCUGGGAGGCUAUCCUUCUAUUCUGCUUUUGGCACAUUUGGUUAACUAGUAAUCAUAACAUAUUCAACAAUAGAAAAUAUCCCAUCUCCACUGUGAACACCAUUGCUAAAACCACUGAAUUCUACACAAUAGCAUGCACAUGGAACAUUAAAGAUACAGUCCCUAUCAAUGUCAAGUGGGAGCCUCCCCUAAGGGGGCACUACAAGCUAAAUACUGAUAGGGCAGCUAAAGGUAACCCAGGGGUAGGGGGAAUUGGUGGGAUUUUUAGGACACUCAGUGGUGAUUGGAUCAUUGGGUAUUUGGAGAACAUUCCACACACAACCAACACCCUUAAAGAACUGACUGCAUUGCUUGAAGGCAUUCAAAUUGCAUAA